CAGACUCUUUGUCAGCCAUGGCGAUGCCGUCUCGGGGAGACGCCAGAUCUGGUCCUGUAGCUGUGAACAACAAGGGCCCUGCACCGAAACCUCCGCCGCAGGGCAGCACCACCAACAACCAUAAUAACUCCGUUGGAAACAUCAGCCGCCAACAGCCACCACAAACUAAUGAUGAUAACAAAGCCAUGAUUGCUGCUCGUCAACAAUUUAUGGGUGAACAGGCGAAAUUGCAGAGUCAGCGGGACAGCAUCGAACGACAUCAGAACAAGUUGCAAGCGGAAGCGGAAGAACUCUUUCCGACCAUGAAAGGUUCCAACGUGGCUGCCGUAGUUGCCGGAACUCCGAAAACGGAACAACACCAACAGCAACAGCAACUUCAGCAGCAGCAGCAGCAGCAACAGAAUAAUAAGGAAAGGGAACCGGAUGAACAACACCUUUCACAACAAAAUCAAAACCAGCAACAAAAGCCCAGCAACAUUCUUGAGAAUCAUUUUCCCAAGAUGGAGAAUGUUCAGAACGCUAUGGCCCCGCUCAGAGAGACGCCCUCUCAGCUGCAUCAGCAACAGCAGCAUCAACAAAUGAACACACAGCCGAGACAUAGGCCACCUGAUCAGCAACACCCAAUGCACCAACACCUGCAGCACCAGCGCGCCACUGCCGCCAUGUCAUCGCUGCCUCGCAUCAGUGGCGGCGGCGGCAUAGGCGCCCCGCAACCACCUGCGCCGGCCCCCACCAGCAGCAGCAACAGCGGCGGCAACCCCAACACUAAAGGAUUGGCAAGCCUGGCUCGGUCCGCGUCUCCGUACACAGCCGGCGAUUUGCUGGGCAAGAGUCACGAAGAACUCGUGCUGCUGUUGAUUCAAUUGCGACGAGACGCCGGCGGGUUGGCGCGAGGGAUCCAGCAGAUUCGGGCGGAGAUUGAGGCACAGAUGUCGCUGGUGGACGGGCCGCGCGGAGAGGUGGCGCUGCGUCAUUGCCAGGAAUUGUCCUUCAGGCUCAGGGACAUGGAGCGACAGUUUGAGUUGCAGAAACCGGUGCUGCACCUGGUGAGCAACAUGGUGAAGCUGGGGUCUUUAUACGGCCCUCAAGACCCCAACUUGCAACAGCAACAGCAUCAACAGCAACAGCAGUUUUUAAGCAGGAAGGAAGUGCAGCAGAAACGGUUGGACACGGACCAGCAGCAGCGGCGAACAGCAGCAGCAGGACCAACUGCGCAGUCCAAUCAGAUGUUCGCCUAUCAGGGUGAUCAGGGCCCUUGGGACCCAAACACGCAUUCGCCAGACCACAAAGAGCUUCAAAUGCUGCUGGAAGGUGCUUUGGAGAGUGUGCGACAGAAGCUGCAAGACGUCGGGGCAUUGGGUCCUGGUGAGCUGGAGAAGCUGCGGAGUCAUCAGCAGCAAUUGGAGAGGGAACUAGCGCAAGUCCGCGCGCACAUGAUAGCCAGUGCUCUGGUGCUCAGACUGGGUCAGGAAGAAAUCAGGGGAUUUCUUCUUGGCUCAGCAUUGGCCAAUUUUGGAAAAAUUGAGGAAGUGAUGACCACUUCUUGGCCUGUGCAACUGGAGGAUGCCGAGCAGGAGAACCUGCGCCUGGAGCACGAGCUAAUUGCUCUUAGGCAGAAAGUGCUGAUGGCUCUCAAGCAUGCCACGAGUCUCCAGGCGCACGGCUAUGCCAACAGGGAGCUGGAAGCGGAACUCGUCAAAGUCCAAAAACUGACCAAGGACGUGCAGAGGCGCAGAGUGGACUUGAGUUACCAGGUCAAGUCUAUAACGGAACGAAGUUUGUCUAGUAACCACCUCAACUUGAUUGCGAAUGAAAUGUCGAGGGGAAGUCCCACGGGAUAUUCAGAGGAUGAUGAAGAUAUUCCGAUGGAGCCUUUCCCCAAGGAGCACGCUGAGAUUGUAAUUCCGGGGUACUUGAAAGAGCAAGCUGAAGUUUUCCAAGAUUUCGGUCCAAAUGAGUGGGAGAGUUUAAUGGAUCUUGCGAGUGUGGUUAAAACGAAGUCAAUUUCUUUAAUCGCAAAACGGGGUUUGGACUCGGAAGUGGACGAGACUGAAAAGGAACUAGCAAGGGAAAAGGUUAAAUUGGAGAAACUAAAGGCGGCAGUAAAAGAACUUGAGGACGAAAGAAGUAAUUUGGAGGAAAGGAAAAAGAUAGCAGCUUUGCAGAGGGAAAUGGCUGUUCUCGCUGCUAAGGAAGCUGAUUUAAGUGCACUCGAAUUUCUGGGGUGUAUUAAAAGAAAGGCUGCCGGUGAUCUGUCCUCUGUACUUCUGAGACUGCAAGGUUUGAAAGAUCUGUGGUUCGAAGAAGGGGCAGGUUGCAAGGUUUACUCUGAGGAGAACGUGUGGAUUCUUCAACUCGGGGAAAGUUCGGAAAAGAUCACGAUUCGGGUUGGAAAGCUAGAGCAUCUGAUGACUCGUUUUGUCAAGGAAAACAAGGUGCCCGGGGUUCGUCAACCAUCAUCGUCUACUCCUCAAACAAAGGUGUCAAGUGUAAUAUCUCCUGGACCUCUGAGGUCAAUUUUGAAAACGAUUGAGAAUUCCGCUGGGGCCAGUACCUCGGGGGUAAAAAGAGCGUCGACUUCAAGUUUAAUGUCGGGUGUUGGAGCCACUGUUAAACGGCGUAAACUUCGAGAAAAUCCAAAGUUUCUUGUCGGCGGAUUGACUGAUGCUAAUCUUGAGAAGUUUAUGGAGGGGAAGCAAUUUAUCCCUGAGAAGCCCGUAGAAUAUCGUCGAAAUGUAGCGCAGAGGUUGGGUCUAACGUCAGAACAUUUAGAAAGACUCGAACCAAUUCAACUGCCUGUUCCGGGUUGUAUUGUGCAAGAUUGGCAGCAUAAUACACCAGAAUUCUCGAAGAUAAUUGAGGAGAGGACAUCGGAUCCCUUAAAACCUCAAGUUUUAGUUAUCGGGACCUCUUUGACGUCGUACAUACGACUUGGAGAUGUAGUUUAUGGAGGGGAAGCAAUUUAUCCCUGA